AGAGCGACACAAUACGCGCUAUAAAAACAAGAGAGAGACACAGAGAGAGAAAGAGGGGGGUGGGCUUAGAUACAAGCAUCAUAGCAGCUCAUAUUCUCCCACCAGCUCUGCUUUCUCCAGCACACAAGAAGACCACAGACGCCGAGCCACCACCUCACUCCCUCUCUCUCUCUCUUUCUCUCUCUCUCUCCUUCUCCCUCUCUCUCUUUUAUUUCCUCUCUUCCUCUCUCUCACUCUCUUUUUCUAUCUCUCUCCUCCUUCUUGUUUGCUCUCCAGUGAGGGGGCACUGCUCCCACUGUGUCGAUUGGUAGGCAGUUACAAACGUUACUAUUCCGAGAGAGUCAGUGGAUGCGCUCUGCGCGCCGUAGCAAACGAUCAAAAGAGGAGCGAGGCAGAGAAAGGCAGAGCGGGGUUCGGCUCGUUCUUCUUGCACAUUAAGCGCCGUGCACAAGAGGGAUGAGGGAGCGCGGGGAGACUCGGACCUGCGGCUGACGCCGCGCCGCCCCACCACCGAAUCCAGGUAGAAGCCAAGUCAGGAGGUCGUGUGGACGAGGAGCUUUUGCGAGAACAGAACCAGAAACAUUUUUUUCUAUACGGAUCAAAAGGAAAAGAAGGCAAAAAAGGAGGGGAGAGGGAGGCGGAGAGAGGAAAGAUGGCGAGUUUUGGGAAACUCACAGACUACUUUAACCGCCGUAAGUCUCAAGAGGAGCUGCGGGUGGGCAGGAGCUCGCAGCGCAGCGGCAGCUACUGCUGCACUGUGGCAGAGGCCAGGUCACUGGAGAGGAAGCUGCAGAGACCCAUACUGGCUAAGUCCCGGACUCUCCCCAGCAUCCCCCAGUCUCCUACGGUCUCCAGGGUCCAUCACUCUGAUCUCAUUGGUGGGAGUCCCCCUCGCAGGAAGAACCCGCCCGCCGCCGCCGCCAGCCACCCAAAGGCCUGCACUCUGCCGCCCGCAGGGGAGCUGUGGCGUUUGGAGGAUGACAUGGAGGGCGAAGAUGAGCCAGAGCACGGUGUGUGCACCGAGGCCCGCCCUCGCUCCCAGUCGCCCUUUUCCCACUUCCGGGCGCGAGCCGCCUACCUCCGCAAGAGCGUCUCAGCAGACGACAACCUGGACAUGGGCUCGGACAUGACCUCGGACUACAGCUCUGCGACCGUUGUCGAGAGCAAGCCGAUCCGCAGCGGCAAGGGCAAGCUGAAGAGAAAGUUUAGUCUGGGCUCUGCUGACCGAAAGGAAAAUCAGCACAAGAAGUCGGAGAAGGGGAUUUCCAAAUUCACCCAUCGUCUGUCCCUCAAAGAGCGUGUGCCCAAAGCGGAGAAGACUUCCACGGACAGACCUCCAUCCUACAGGAGACGAUCUCUGAGUGUGGACUGGGCCGACUCUGCCAAGAUGACGCAGCCCAUGAGGGGGGACCAGGCCCACCAGCCGGCCCCGACCCGCAAGACGGCCAGCCUUUCCUCGCCAAGCGCGGCUCGCCGCCUUUACCGCAACUUGUCUGGAAAGUUCCGCGUGGGCACCAACCCCCCUGCCCUGGAGGACAACGUGGUGUCAGGACGGGGAGGAGACAAGGAGAGGCUGCGCAAAACCACCAUAUUCCAGAGUAAUGAAGCGUUGUUCGAGGCAGUGGAGCACCAGGAGCUGGACUUAGUGCAGCUGCUUCUGUCCCAGUACAGUCUGGAGGAGCUGGACCACAACACCCCAAACAGCGAGGGCCUCCUUCCCCUCGAUAUCGCCAUCAUGACCAACAACGUGCCCAUGGCCAAACUGCUACUGCGAGCUGGUGCCAAGGAGAGCCCCCACUUUGUGAGUCUGGAGGGCCGAGCGGUGCAUUUGGCCACCCUGGUGCAGGAGGCUGAGCAGCGGGUGUCGGAGCUUCAGGCCCAGGUUGGAAGCGAGGGUCCCGGUGAGCGGGAAGGAUCCGACCGGGAGAGGCAGCUGAAGGCCUGGGAGUGGAGGCUCCGGCUCUUCCGACGCAUGCAGACGGGCUUCGAGCACGCUAACCCUCCAGACGCCCCCAGUGUAGUUCGCCUGUCUGUCAGCAGCAGCACCAGUCUAAGGGUGGACUUCCAGGAACCGCUCUGUGUCAACUCUGCUGUGGUUACCAAGUACAAAGUGAGCUGGAGCAAUUCUCCAUCAUUAAGUCCUCUGCUGGGCGAGGCGGUGGUGGAGGACACCACUCUGCUACAGUGCAACAUCGCUGGACUCACUUCGGGGACCUAUUACUAUGUCCAGGUGUCAGCCUACAACAUGAAGGGCUGGAGUCCUCCACUGGUUACCAUCCCUGCCUGCGCUUCACCUUCUAGUUGGAGGGAUAUCGAUGGCCGCGCUCCACGUCAGAGAGGCCAGAAGGAGGCACUAGACCAACUACUCGGGCAGAUAAAAGAAGCCCACCGACACUGUGUCUGCCAUGAACAGUGCAAAGCUCCGACGCAAGGGAGGAAGCACUCGGUGUCCAAAAGCCUGCGCCAUCUCUUCCAAACCACCACCAAAUUUGUUAAAAGCUUGAAAAGAGGUCUCUAUCUGACAUGCAUACUCUACAGAGACGACAAUGUGUUGGUGACUCCGGAGGACCAGAUUCCUAUUGUGGAGGUUGAAGAUUCGUACUCCAGCUCCCUAAUGCAGGACUUCCUCUGGUUUACCAAGGUAUCCUAUCUAUGGGAGGAGAUUCCCUGGCUGCAGCAGUGUCUCAGUCCUUCCCAGUCGUCCUGUUCCUGUACUCUGCAGACACGUCUCAAGAUGCUGCAGGCUGUCUCUCAUCUACAGGGAAUGCUGGGAACCCAGGACGUUGGUCAGGUGUAUUUUGAGCCAAUCAAAGACAAGCAUGGUAACGCUCUGCUGGUGCUCCUGAAGGACAUGAACGCCUGUCCCAACCUGGACGGGGUUCGCUGGACGCAGCUUUGCAAACUGCAGCUCCAACGCAAGUCCAUCUCUUCCCCCGAAGAGCCCACCGCCUUGGACAUGCUCCUCAUCACGCUCCACGAGAAGCUGGCAUAUCACAGGCGGAGCAGGAAGCUGUUGUCUCCAGGCUUGUACCUGGGCUACCUGAAGCUGUGCACGUCAGUGGAGCAGAUCAGAGCGCUGGUGCCCCAGAAACUCCCCAACGUCCUCUGUCACACCAAAAUACGGGACAACAGCAACGUGUCCAGAGAGGAGUGGCAGUGGCUGCAGGCUCUCAGCUCUCUGGACGAGUCAUUGGAAAUGGACCUCGAAGAACAGAGCGCUCCACAUCGCCUCCUACAGGACCUGCGCAGCGCCAUCAAGGACCUGAUGGCGCACAUCAAUGUCCCUGGCAAUCAGGUGCAGGACUUCCGUAUCUACAGCCAGGAAGUGGUGGAGUUUGGGGAGAAAGUGUCCUUCCUGCUCCUCCUGCCUCCUUCAGAUGAAGUGUGCACAGCUCCUGGUCAGAAUAACCCGUACUCCCCCCGCUCUGGCUUCCUCACCCUGCCCCUGCAGAUCUUUGAACUGGUCCAUUUUAAUGCCUAUAGCCCAAGUUUCAUCGGCCAGUACUGCAGAGUGUCGGCUUUGCUGGAGCUGGAGUCCCUCAUGUCCCAGCAGGCCCUAAGGGAGGCCUUCUCUGAGGCCGAGCUCCUCGCUGCUAAGAAGAAACACCAGCAGGUCCAGGACCACAUGCAGCAAAUGGAGGAGGUGUGGCGUGAUGCGAGGUGGAUCAUGGACGCCUUGCAGUAUGCCCGCUACAAGCAGCCGUCGGGAGGCAUCUCCAUUAGCUGGAUAAUUGACUUCUCCAGGGAAGUGUUGUCCGACAAACCUCCCUCCACCUCCUCUCAGCCAGACUUCAUGCCCUCCCCCAUGCCUUCACCCGAACCCUGCCGCAAGCACUCAGAUUUUGCUGGACUCUCGGACGAAGAGGGCUCCUCCGAGGUCUUCCUCACCACCGACAGCGACUACGACUCCAGCCGCGCCCAGAGUCCCCGUGAGCUGGACCUGUUGCCCCCCUCGCCCCUCUCAUCCUCGGCGCCACUGGAGCCCCGUGGUUUCCUGCGCAGCGACGGGAGCGGCUCAGGAGGAGGGUUGUGUCUCGGCGGGGGUGUACGUGGAGGCGGGGCGCUAAGGGAUUCCACGCCGGACGUCCUCCAGGCCUCCGAGCCGCAGCACGGGAGGGAAGGUGAGCGGUGCGGCGGAGGGGUUCGGUGUGGCGGUGAACGGCGUAGGGGGGGCCCGGAGUUGUUUGACAGUGACUUCAUCCUGCCCAGCAGGCAGAUCGAACUGUUGCACAUCACAGAGAAGAGACAGGCCUUCUGUGUGAGGACCAGCAGCCUGGAGUUCCCUUCCAGCACCGCAGCCCACCAGCCUUACUCCUACCACACCACUUGCCCCUCGCCCUCCACCUCGCCACAGCGGAGAUGGCACCGGCCCUCGUCGGUGGAACGCUGUUGCUCGGCUGAGCGCUGCCUACCGCAGCUUCCGCCAGCGCGUACGUUAUCAGAGGACAGCGGCACACAGAGACUCUCUUCGACGUCGCCUGCUGCCCUCAGGAAAAGCUGUCACGCCACACUCAGAGUCCACCCGCAGUAUCGCACAGGCCUGCCAAAAGAGACCAGUGUUAAGCUCUGUGUAACUCCAGGGACGUCGGCGCGGGAGAUGAUCCAGCUGGUGGUGCAGGAGAUGAACGUCGUGUCGCGGCGCCUGCUCGGUAGCGGUGGAGGCGGCGUCGGUGGUGAACAGGAGCAGUGUGCGUACUACAGUUCUGAACAGUUGAAGCACUUUGGCCUCGUGUUGGUGGUGGAUAAUAGAGAAAAGUGGCUUCAGGAUGAUUUCUGUCCGCUGGAGCUCCAAAACCCCUGGCUGAGGGGCAAACUGUGCGUUCGCAUUAAGGAGUAUUCACCACUAGCACUCAAACACAGCCGGGCCACCACAGUGUGACACUUCCACGAGAGAUAAAGCAAGUAUUUAAGAGUUCAUGCCGUGUGCAGAUUCUCUUGGGAUAAACGUGUAUGGAAAUGAAGGAACUGUUACAUUUGUACAAACGGGCUCCUACACUAUUUUCUCUCUCACUGUGGUGUUACCGUCCACAACUGCAGCUACAACAUGUCAUAUUUCCUGUGUUCUUGUUAUCUGAAAUGCUUCUGUUUCACAUGAAAUGUGUUCUCCCGUACGUACUGUAGGACCUUUUUUACGAACACCAGAGACCCUCAUAUGGACACCAAAUGGAACAAAGAGAAAAUAGGUUUUUUUUUAUGCUGUCAGGAAUCAUUUGGGAACAAGAUUGUGAUGCCGAGCAAGAUUAAUGGAGCGUCACUUUGACUUCUGGCAUGAUUGACGCCGGCACAUCGGGCCGUGGGCGUUGCCAAAACGACAUGGGCAGCAUCAUCGUCCCCAGCCACACGCGGACACGGCUUUUCCUAUGAACUCUCUCAUUGUGUCAUUCCCAAAGAGCUGUCGGCUGCAGCCGCCCGGCCCCAUGUUCCCAGGAUGUGGGCUCUGGACCCGGCCCAGAGGGCAGGAAGGAAGGGAGAAGUACAGAGGGGGGCUGGCGUCUCCUCUUGGGGACGCAAUCGGCCCGACGAUUUGGCCCGUCAGCCUGUCACUCAACCGCUCUUGGCCACUGUACCGUCUGGUAGCGAGGCAGCCAAGCAAGGGAGAGAGAGCUUGAUAGAGUGAGAGCAAGAGAGGAGGAGGAGGGUGCAUCUUUCAGAACCUGGCGCUGGCUCUCCAGUGCUCUUUUUUCUCCCUUUUUGCAGAACCUCUGUAUAGUAAACUCAGUCGUAGUGUAGCUAACAAACACUCAUCUUGUGAAGUAACACAAAAUAAAAACCAGCUAAUUUGGGUUUUUCAUAACAGAGAAAACACAAAGCAAUACUUUUGUUUUUCUAAUAGAUGGGGAAAAAAAGCAUGUAAACCUUCCAGAAUUGUGCUAAGUUCAUCUGAAGUACUGUAGUUCAUGCUGUGCUAAGAGGUAACCAGUUCAGUGUUUUGUUGUGUUUGGUUCAGUGGUAUUCCCAUGUGCAUCAGAAAGUGGUGCCCACCAGUCUAGAGCGGGGUCUCCCGAAGGGAUUCUAGUGUGAAAGGGAUGACUCGAGUUGUUAAGAGGCCCGCUUGUUUGUUAGCGAAGUAACACAUCCUGUAUUCCAGACUGUCUUCUGAACUGCUUCAAAAUAACUAUAAGAUGGUUAGAAAUAUAUAUUUUAGCCCCUGAACAAACCACUACGACCUGCAACGCGUGUGACCGAUGGAGAAUAUUAAAAGCAAAAUGUCAAAUAUAAAAACAACGAUUAUGAAAGAAACAAUCCAUAGACUUGAAGCAAGCCAACCUCUCUCCAAAAUAUGACGUCAUGUCUAUUAUGCAACAAUUUCAUACUUUGAGUGUGCUCUCGCAGCGAAGUGUGACGUGUUUCAAUUGUGAUGGAAUCAUAUCUAUUAUGAACAAACAUAACUUUUAGUUAAAAAAAAACUCAAACUUUAUUACAAUCAUCACAUACAUGUAGGUACAUACAUGAAAUUUGACCUCUGCAUUUAACCCCAUCCUAAGCAUUUAGGAGCAGUGGCCUGCUGUUAAGCGCACUUGGGAUUCAGUGUUUUACUCAAGGACACUUUGACAUGCAGACAGUACGAGCCGGGGAUCAAACCGCCUACUAUACGGUUAAAGGACGACCCGCUCUACCCACUGAGCCACAGUCACCGCGGAAGCUCAACUUCUAGUUAAUCAGAUUUUUUCAAAGCCUCACUUCAAUCAACAAAACAUCAAUUAACAAUUUUAUUUUUUAUUAUUAAUGAUUUCCUACUGAAAUGUGUCUGUUGUAAGAUUUAUAAGAUCAAAUCUUAUAAAGCAACAUAGUCAGUGUGGUCUAUAACAGUGGUUCCCAAACUGUUUCAUGUCAAAGACCACUAAACAAAUUAGACCACGGACCUCAUUUGAUAACAUUUGGUCCCAGGGUCCUCCAUCUGUUUUUGCUUUUAGAUGUUUUAUUGCCAAAAGCGUAUAAAACCCAUGACAUUAUAGUCAUGCAUUCUGUUGUUGUGUAACUUAUGGAUGAAAUUAUAGUGCAAAAUGAUUCCCCUUUUUGCUGGGGACACCCUGAAACCGACUCGUGUCUAGAAGGUAACCCCCAAAUUGCGAAAACUUGCAAAAGCUCUCGCAAGACUCGCUGCCCAACGACCUCUCGAGUUCAAUGCCUAACCUCAACCAUCUCGCAACAGUUUUUCAAUUACUGCAUUACCUUCUGGACACGACCUUAGCUUGUCUACCCUGAUGGCUUAUGGGACUCUCGCCUUGCAAGUCUAAGCAUUCAAUCGAGAGUCUCUAAUAUGUGUAUUACCUCAAAUACCAAAAACACUGAUGCACGCAUUGUAUUUUUGUUAUGAACCACAUUAAUUCUAACUAUACAACAAAUAAGGUCUCUUAACAAUCUAAACCAUCCUUUUUUAGCUCUUUUGGGAACCUGUGCCAAGUUUGAAUUCCUCUGUUCACACUUUACAUUUGAAACAGUCCGUGCAUCGUUUACAUCACAUCUCAAAAACCGCAGGCUGUUGUUGUUUUAUUUAUUUUUUUCUUUCAACGAUUUUCCAGCAUAUAAAUAAAUACUUGUUCUGGCUAUAAAACGCCAACACAGGCUCAGCAAACAUCUUACCGUUAUAAUAAGCAGCAACAUUUUCCAAAUGUAGCACCAGAAAGGUCCAAUAGAGUGAGAGUUUGAUGGGUGAAGUCAGUCAGUGGACCUGCUGGCCUCAGUUACUGUAGCAUUCCAGGUUCACGGGAUGUCGUUUGGAGAACCUGUCCCAGGGGUGGGAGUUCACAGUGGCGUCUCUCAAAAAGUGUUUACAGAGUUUAGUUUCCUUCCACUUUCAAAGAUGUGUUUACGUGUAACUACUGUAUAAAGACAAACUGAUGUUAUAAGUUGUAAUUGGUUUCACUAAUGGCUUGAACUGUUGUGUUAGCGCUUAGAUGUCUUCUUUAUUCACAUUGUUAAAGAGGUUUUUACGAGGGCCAACUGCAAAAACAAAUCACACAACCAGAAACCAUGUACAUAGACAAAAACAAAGACCAGGGGAUGAAUGUACUGUAUCUGCCCUAAAUGUGAAAGUAAAUGAAUGUGGGGCUGUCGUCACUACUGAGGUCAAAGGUCAGUGAAGUUAUAGGCAGGAGUCUCUGCCUUAAGAUUAAGCUAAAGGGGAAGAGGGGGGGUUGAAUUCCCUCUCCGGUCGAAAAAAAUAAAGUAAAGCCCCAUGUUUACAAGGAGCUGUUGGCAGAUCCAUCAGGCGAAGUCAUGAAGGAGACAUCACGUCACUUUUUUUAAAAUCUAUUUUUAUUGAACAAUAAAUGAAUAUUACAAAAUAAAA